AUGUGCGAGCAAGUCAGAACAAUCCGCCGCUGCACCACCUGCCAACAGUACAAGAGCGAAAUCAUCCGCAACAUCAACUGCGACAAAGUCUCCAUCUACAAGCUCGGGCUCUGCCGCAACGGGAUGAGCUACCGCAACGUCACCGAGCCGAUCGAGUGCAUUGAGUGCCACACCAAGCGCGUGCGAGAAAUCGAGGCUGAGAGAAGGAGGCGAUGGCUCGCGGCGUGGCCUGAGGCUGAGCCGGAGGUUGAGAGCGAGAAGAAGGAUGAGGAGGAGAAGGAGAAGGAGAAGGAGGAUGAUGGGGCGAGUGUGGCGACGGAUGAUGUGACAACGAAUAGUGAGGAGUCUUGGAAUGUUGUUUGA